GGUAUGUUCCAAUUUCCAAGUCUUGCUGCGCUCUCUUUGCAAGCCUUCGAGGUUUCGAGACCGCGGUCUCGAGAAGGGGCAGCGGCGGAGCUCAGCAAUGGCAGGCGGAGCGCCGCCUUCGACCGGCGGUCCGCCGACGACCUCCUCUUUUUCCUCCGUCGCCUCCUCGUCGUUGGCAUCGGGCCUUCCUCCGCCUCCCCCUCCUCCCAAGAUCCUCCUCGCCAAGCCGGGAUCGGGUCCCGCCGCCCCGAGGUUCCCCCGCGACGACGACCCCUCCGGCUCCGUGGUCCUCCGGUCCCGUAACGCCCCUCAGCCGAGCUCACUUAACCUUCUCUCCGAUUCCUGGGAGUUCCACACCGAUCGGAUCCUCCCGUUUCUGACUGAGAAUAAUGAUUUCACUGUGGUUGGAAUCAUCGGUCCUCCUGGUGUUGGCAAGUCGACGAUCAUGAAUGACCUUUAUGGUUUUGAUGGUAGCUCGCCUGGGAUGCUACCACCUUUUGCUACACAGUCUGAUGAAACUAGGGCAAUGGCAAAGCACUGCACCACUGGUAUUGAAUUGCGGGUUUCUGCUGAGCGGCUCAUACUUCUUGAUGCCCAGCCAAUGUUUAGCCCCUCUCUUUUAGUUGAUAUGAUGAGACCUGAUGGUUCAUCUACAAUUCCUUUGUUGAAUGGGGAGUCACUGUCGGCAGAUUUGGCUCAUGAAUUGAUGGGAAUUCAGCUUGGUGUUUUCCUGGCAUCCAUUUGUAAUGUUUUGUUGGUUGUGUCUGAGGGAAUUCAUGACUUCAGUAUGUGGCAGCUGAUGCUUGUGGUCGAUUUGUUGAAGCAUGGCAUACCAGAUCCAUCUUUGUUGACAUCUUCGCAUUCCCAGGGUUCUGAUUCUGUGCCAGAUAACGAAAAUAAAAGCAUUGUUCAGCCUACUAGUGUGGAGUUCCUGUCUGCCCUUGUUUUCAUACAUACUAAACUGCAGGAUCAAGACUUAUCCCCAUCUAAAACUAUCCUACUGAGGAAGGCUCUAUUGCAAUUUUUCAGCUCAUCAUCUUUCAAUGUAAAUAAACAUGGGGCUACAGUACAGACUGAUUCUUCUAAUUCUCUUGAUACAAAAUCUGAGGAUUUGGACCCUGUGCAACCAGACUUGUUUAUGAUUCCUUUAAAAUGGCAAGACAACGUACAAAAAUCUCAUUCUGAAAGUUACUGUUCCAUGUCAGGGAAGCUCCGUGACCAGAUAUUGUCAAUGACUGGUCAUUCAUUUGCAAAGAACAUCUCAGAGCGUGAUUGGUUGCGGAACUCGGCUAAGAUUUGGGAAUUGGUGAAGAAAUCUCCAGUCAUUGUUGAUUAUUGCAGGACGCUGCAGAGUUCAGGAUUGUUCAGGAAGUAAUCAACCUUAUGUUUUAAGAGAUUAAAGACUUUGUAAGUUAUCUAUCUGGGACAAACGAAGGUAUUGCAUAACAUUUUUUGACCUGGUUCCCAGUUCCCAGUUGAUUCUACUAUUAAGCAUUUAUUUUUUCUAAUUGAUUCCCAACCAUGCUUAAUACUUGGCAUUUUUUAUUAUUUAAUUUAAAUCAAGUGCAGCCUGUGAGAUCCGACUCCCUCAAGUGAAACCUAUGUGAAAGCAUCGCCCGGCCCACACACUGCAGCGUAAUUUGUUUCAUAUGAUCUACAGAUCAGCUAUGAAGGACUUCAGAUGGUAUUGUGAAGAACAAGAGUUGUGUUCUAGGAUACCUUUCGCACCCUUUCUUGUAUUGUUGGCAUCAAAGCAGGGUCUUACCAUAAUGCUGAUGAAAAGUUUUGGCAAAGUACCUUAGAUUAAUGUCAACCCAUGAUUUUAAUCCAAGUUCCCGAACUGAUGUCAUUCUGGGAAGAAGAACAGCAAUCAUCUGUACCGAACAGUGGUUUUGUCAUGUACCUAUGUAGAUAGAGAACCAUGAGGCUUUAAUAAAUUUAAGGAUAAUAUUAUCAUGAACUA